UAGAGGCAAAAAAGCCCCGCUCUUAGAUCCCUCCUACACUGAGGACAGGGUCCCAUUCAGUAUCUGCACAUGCAGUCCCUCCGCUAGCUGAAUUGCAGCUGCAACCUUUCUGCUAAUGUUUGCGCAGUGACAGGGUUAAACCACAGAGCUCAUACGCCUUUGUAGAGAAGACCAGGAACUACGGCAAGGGGGAAAAUUAAUAUACAAGGAACUUCCUCUCCCCAAUUCUCCGUCCUCCUCUCGUGUAACUUAGCCCACUGCCGCUAAGUUACAGUAGUGCAUUAGAGCUUCAUGAUUGAAUCCGUUUCCAGAGAAGCAUCGGCCCCAAACAAGGAGGACUAGAUUCCCCUGGUCCCACGUGCUGCCAGCCCAGCGAGUGCUGUCUUGAGAGAUCCAGAAGAGAAACUGAUGGAGCUGAACCUCUUGCAGUCUGUGAAACCUGCAGGAAGCACCUCUUGCGAGAGAAUUUCACUUGGACCAAUAAAGCCAUCUAGUUUUGUUUAAAUAGUUCAUCUCCAGAGUGUGAUGUGCAAGCCUACAAAUCAUCAAUCCACCACAAAUGGUAUGCACAGCAGGAAAUGGUCAGUGGAGCUGAUCGUAACUAUGGGAUGCUAAGGAUGAAUGUUUUUCACCAAGCAUACAAGUGAGAUUUAGAAGUGAGACAACUAGAGCAUAGACCCAAGCUGGAGUAACCUCACAAAGACAGACAGCAGACAUGCAGCAGUGAGUAACUGCAUCUGUGGGCCUUCAGUUACAGACACUGCCAAACUGAAUGGUGCAAUCUGAAAUAAAGAUGGAGGAGCAAGCCAUAUUCACCAUCGACCAGCAGCGGAAAUAGAGCAAGCAGAAAAUGCACCUAUUCUAUCCCUGUCUGGGACAGUUGACUCCCGUAAUGAGAAGGAAGCUACCUUGCAACAGUACGGCAUCAGCAUGGAGAAGCACCGCAGACGCUUUAGACAGUUCUGCUGCAGGAAGCAGAAGGACCCCAAGAGGUUUACAGCCGACUGUGAACUUUCCCAUCUGUGGCUGCAGAUGGAGAUCCAUAUGAAGGAGCAGAUCAUCGAGCUGCUGGUUCUUGAGCAAUUCCUGACCAUCUUGCCUGAGAGAAUCCAGACAUGGGUCCAGAGACUUCAUCCAGAAACAUGAGAGGAGAUUUUUGCCCUGGUCCAGGUUUUCCAGCUAAUUCAUCAGGAGAUUGGGAAAUCCGCAGGAUUGUCACUGAUUAUGCAGAUAUUGAACGGGGAAUACCUGUUUCAGAUUCCAGUGACACUGGAAGAUGUGGCUGUGUAUUUCACCAAGGAGGAGUGGGGUCAUCUGGACAAAAGGCAGAGGGAGUUCUACAGGGAUGUCAUGCAGGAGACUUUGAAGACUGUUCUCUCUGGGAUUUGAGACUCCAAAACCUGAUGUGAACUCUCAGAUGGAACAAGAGGAAGAGCCUUGCAUCCCAGAUUGUCAGGAUGCCAAAGAAAGGGUAAUACCAAGAGAAACUGUCACAGCAGGUGAUGGGAUCCUGAGCAGAACUGAGAAGAAGCAUCCCGCAGAGGGUCCUGAAGAUCUAGUGCUUGGCAUUCUGUUACUGAGGAACUCAGCAGAGUGCUUUUCCCAGAGAGUGGUCUGCAGGAGGCAGCAUAGGUUACAGUGUCAAAAAAGAAAGUGAAUGGAGGAUGAGUGAGAGACCCUGAAUCCUCUUUCACUUUCCUUUGGGAGGACUCCCACUCUCCUUGUGCAGCAGAGAAAAGCAAGAGACCAUGUACUUCUUAUGCAUGUAAAGGAAAACCUCCAGGAGCAGAGGGACCUGAAAAGCCACAAAAACAGCAACCACCUUUGAAGGAAAUCCUGUAAGUACAGAGCUUGUGGGAAAAGCUUCAGGCCGAAGCAGGAGCUCACAGUCCAUGGGAGAGUCCACAGAAAGGAGACGCUCUAUUAAUGUCCUGCCUGCUAUAAAAGCUUCAGUUGCCCAUCAUACCUUAUAAGACACCAGUGAACCCACACUGGCGAGAGACCUUACCACUGCCCUGAGUGUGGAAAAAGUUUUGGUCAACCCGCGCACCUGACUAGAUACCAGAAAAUGUACAUGGGAGAGAGGCCCUUCCCUGAGUGUGGGAAGAGCUGCCAAGCCAGCUGAAAUCUCCAUAUCCACCAGCAAAGCCACACAGGGAAAAGACCCUACCUCCAUCUUGUGAGGGAAGCUCUUUCCGCAUUCCAAUCACAUCUCACCACACACCACAGGACUCACAAUGGGGAGACACCCUACCCCUGCCUCCAAUGUGGGAAAAGCUUCAGCGCCUAGUCCAAUCUGACAAAGCACCAUAGAAACUGACGUACCAGGGAGACACCCCAUCUGUACCCUGCCUGGAUGGAAGCAUCGGUCAUAAAAAAAAACCCUCGUG